AAUUAACGCAAAUUAUGAAAACGUAAGUGAAAAGUCUCUACAAAACGGAAAGAUUGAAGAGAGGCAGGAUCCUAGUGUCGAAAGUACAAAACUCGAGCAACCAUCCUUUCCGUGUGAAUACUGCGCAAAAUCGUUCAAAUGGAAGACAUCUCUUCGUAAACACCUGGAAACUCAUAGGAUUGAAACCGGACAGAAGAGGAAGCCCUACUGCGAACCGUGCAAGUUAUCAUUCACGACAACGUCUAAUCUACAAAAGCAUGUCAAGACCAGUUCGAAGCACCAAAUUCAAUUGAAACUCAGAAAACUUGAAACGUCUAUAUCGUCAGAGAAACAAGCAUCGGAAAUUGAACAAAUUAAAGAAUCUGUAGUACGCCGCAAACAGCAAUACGGGUGUGGCCAAUGCGGCAAGCAUUUCCAGUGGAGGGGCAAUUUGUUGCGACAUUUGAAUAGUCACGCUGCCAGAGCCAAAGGCGAGCUAGUCUGUGAGCCAUGCGGACGAACAUUUUCAUCCAUAGCGACGUACAAACAACACAUGCAAUCUAGCAGGAAACAUGUCUCUGAGAACGAUUUUAAGUACAUGUGCAGCGAAUGCGGCAAGAAGUUUGCCAACAAAACACGUCUCAAGGACCAUGUGGACUGGGAACAUCUUAAGAAUUACGUACACAAGUGUACCGUGUGUCAAAAGUGCGGCGGCGAUUUCGGCGUAUGGCGCGCAGCGAAUAUGCCGCGGCAUGCCGCAGCAUGCCGCAACGCGCUUCGGCAUGCCGUGCCGUGCCGCGAC